AUGCCGAACGACCUCCCGACGUUUCCCUGCUGGUGCAAGGCGACGUACUCAUGGGGCGGUGAAUCUAAGAAAGACCUGGGCUUCAUUGAGGGCGAUUUGAUCGAGGCGCUCAAUGCUGGCGAUGGACAAUGGUGGAUGGGACGGUUGCGACGAGAUCCGCGCGCCAUAGGACUGUUCCCUUCCAACUUCGUCAAAGUCCUCGAGGAGUCAUUUCAGCCUGCGCCAAACAGUCGCAACCCGUCGAUAUCGCAGUCGUCACCCAAGAACAGCGUCUCUACAACGCGGAGCAAAGCUCUGUUCCGGAAGCCCUUUCAGGCCUAUGAAGAGUUUGGUAGCCGAGAGAGCAUGGAAAGCCUCAGAGGCAAAGAAGGGACACCAGACAGUGACAUGGAAAAGAAGCAAAAGAGCAAGUUCCGGCCGUAUUCGAGCAUGAAGACAGUGCAGGCACCUACUGGGACAAUCAAGAAACAAGGAGGAAGCGCGUCGCGUCGACCACGCAGUCCAAUGCCACGAAUGCAGCGCCCGUCUCCCUCAGCAUCUCCCACUCCGACGCCGAUGUAUAGCCCACAACGUGAUGGUCAACCGCAGCACAUGUACCAACCAUCCUCACCUGCUCCGCCGCGCUCUCGAUCGCCUCUACCUUCGACAUACCACGACGGCUCAGCAUAUCCACAGAUGCUUUCAGCUUCUCCAAUCCCCUCGCCGAAUCCAUAUCACCAGCAAGAUCAUUACACACGAGGACCCUCGCCUGCGCCUUUUGAGUAUGAAGGAGACAUGGGUUCAUCACCUCCUCCUCCGCCUCCGCCUGCUCACCGGGUAGCAUAUCAGCCUAGCCGCGCGCCAUCCUUGGAAAUGGAGGAGGAUCACAUGGAUCCUGGGUUUGCGGCUAAUGGUCGUCACACGCCUAUUCCACCCUCGCCUGGCGGCGCAAGUCAAAUGACACCAUCUCCACUACGCAACGCGAUGAACGAUGUAAUGUCGUCUCUACAGGAUAUGAGCAUCGUCCAACAGCGAGAACACUCACCCACGAGGGCAAGAGCUCCUGCGGACCCCUGGUCGCCAGACGCCUUCGACGACAUCCGAUCUCAAUCGCAAGCACAGCAUCGAACGCAUUCAUCCAUGGGAUUCUCUAACCAUGAAUCGCAACAAAGCCGGGCACAAUCGUCGCUCGGAUUCGCGGCGCACGAGCAACAUCGCGACUUUGGUCCGCCGCGCAGCCGAACACCUCAAAUACCCCCUGCCCAUGCAGGCUCAGAGAUCGACUCGUAUGUCACUCGCUUGGAAAAUCAACUGCGGCAUGCAAGAUCGUUCACUGAGCAGGCACCCGAGCCUCCACUUAAGGGCGCACAAUACGCUUCUCGCCCGACCACAGCCAGCAGUCAUUCCAGCAACAGCUCGAACGGUCACCCGGGAUAUGCCCAUCAACAGCAUCCGCAGCUUCGAUACCAGAAGUCGGCUUUAGAGCUCCGUCGAGGUCCGCUCAACAGAACAUACACGACGAAGACGAAUGCGACCAAUUCCACCGAAACGUCGGCAACCACGCAGAGCACGACUAGCACUCAGAUGACCAGCCGGAGUAUUAUGUCGGGUCAGUCUGCUGGGGCAUUCAGUGCAACAAGUGCAGGCAGUCUUGCGCGACGAAAGUUCGGAAUCGGCAGCCAGCGAGGCCAGCGCGGAAUGAGCUUGGUAGAGACCAAGUCUACGGGUGACAUGGCCGGAACGAAGAGCAUGACUGGAAGUUCUAGUUUGAUGUCUGGACCCAGCUACCACGAAAGCCAUGCCUCGCAGAAUCAAGCUGGUUUCAAUUCAAUGUCACAAUGGGACAAUGAUCCAACAGGGUCUGCUGGCGUUCUCGGUGGAUUAAGCUCUCCUCAGUCCAAGCGUAGCGGCUUCUUCAAGAGGAUGAUUGAUUCUGCUAAGACCACGGCAAGGACCGGUGCGGCCAAUGCGAGGUCGACCAUUGGUAGUGCAAGUGCCAGUCGACCAAGCAGCCGCGCAGGGAGUAGGCCUGCCAGUCCUACCAAAUCUAUCAUGGCUGCGAGGGACAUGGGCUUGGGCGGAGGUGGCGACUGGAUGCAGGUUCGCAGAGAUGUCAAUCGAUCAAAUUCUCUCAGUCAGCGCGAGCGAGAAGACAGAGCUGAGCGAUGCGAGCUUCACGACAUUCCCGUCUUGCGACCGGUGGACCUCCUGAAUGAGCUAGUCGAGGGAGACGAGGGUCUCGAUGGCUUGCCUGUCACCGAGCCGACGGACUUUAAUCUGCCAAAUCUCGCACUCGUGGACAAGAGUACGCGAUUCAUCCAAAAUGUACCACCGAUGGUCAGUGCCCAUUCGCUCGCGCAAAGCUUCAUCUGCAGGCCGCAUCGGAGCGAUGUGCAGCGAUUACGGGCAAUUUUCACCUGGGUAUCUGAACGGAUCACUUGGGAAGACGACUACGAGGGUCAAAUCGACACUCGUCGUGCGAUUCAAACCAAGCGCGGAUGUAGCGAGGAGAUCUCUCUUUUGGUCCGGGACAUGUGCCUCGCAGUUGGUCUUCACGCUGAAAUCGUCCGUGGGUAUCUCAAGAGUCCUGGUGAAAUUCUGGAUCUGGACACUGUUGCCAGGCCGAAUCAUUGGUGGAAUGCUGUGAUCGUUGAUGGAGAAUGGCGCAUCAUGGACUGUGCCCUUGCCAGUCCGACGCAUCCUCAACGAAGUGCUUACAGCAGCGCCAGCAGUCAGGUGGCCGAAUCGUGGUACUUCCUCACGCGUCCAAUGGAGAUUUGCUACACUCAUAUCCCGCUUCUUCCGGAACAGCAGCAUCUUGUACCUCCAGUCGAGCACGAAAUUCUUGUUGCACUUCCGUGCGCUGGACCUUCCUACUUCCGAAAUGCCGUGGAGCUGGCUGACUUCGAUACUAGCAUGCUGCAUCUAGAGGGACUCGAAUUGGCUCAUCUUCAUGUCAAUGUUCCGGAAGACGUCGAAUGCGUCGCUGAGACUGAGGCAAGAGCCUUCGCACAGGACGCGGACGGGGAUUUCUUCGAGAGUGGUGACGUGGUUACGAAGAAGGCCUUUACGCAAGCAGAGUGGAUUGGUGGUCGAAAGCGCUUCACCAUCAAAGCACUCCUCCCCGGCGACGACGGAAAUGGCGUGCUCAGAAUCUAUGCUGGCAAACGAGGUCUGAUGCAUUCGGUCAAGGAUAACCCGCACUCGAUGGCUCUGGCGUUGCCGCUCACGCAUACUGGCCAGAAUCCGCCGUACGAUUUCACGACACGGCAUCCCACGCCUCACGCCCAACGCCACGAUCUGUACAUCGUCCAGCCGCAGUGUGCACGCUUGACGCUCAACAACACUUUUGUGUUCUCCAUUCGGCAACAUCCGUCCUCGCUUUCCCGCUUCACACCGGAUACUUGGGGUUCUGGACCUGGCGCGAGACCCGCAAGUCCAAACCCACUCGUCCGCCCGACAAGCGCGAUGAGCAUGGUCUCAAUGUCAGCUUCCCAGAGUGGCAGUCAAUACUCUGAAGGAUCGUCCAACAACUCCGGUAACGGCAUGACGUCCGCUCAGCAGAAGCCAGCAAAACUCGCGAUUCAGUCGCCAAGUCAGAAGAUCAUUCGCUUGACGCGCAAGCAGGAGCAUACAUCGCGGAAUGUCGAGGAAGAUAUGGGAUUAACCACGGCAUGGGAGACUGUGAUCAAAAUAGGGGAGCGAGGGAUGUGGAGGGGUUUGGUGUUGGCAGAUCGCAGCGCGAGGUGGUGUGUUUUCGCAGAGUGGGAGUGUUUGUAA